CCUUGUCAAAUUCGAGACCAAACUCGAACACAAAAUUUGUAUGGCAGAUGGGCAGCGGUCAAAUUUACAUUUAUAGCAUAAUUUAUAUGCUCAACUUGGAAGACAAGAAGCAUCAAGGAAAAAACUUUAAAAAAAAAGCACAAAAUCGUUCCUCAUUCUCCAUCUACUCCACCAAACCUCAAUCCCCAUCUCUCUCCCCCUAGGCUCUCCUUCGCCGUCGGUCGGGCUCCCUCUCCGACACGCCGCCGUCGAUACAUCCACCCGAGGCAUGGCGACGGCGUUCAAGGCGUUCGUGAACAGCCCCGUCGGCCCCAAGACCACCCACUUCUGGGGCCCCGUCGCUAACUGGGGCUUCGUCCUCGCGGGUUUGGUUGACUUGAACAAGCCUCCUGAGAUGAUAUCUGGCAAUAUGACAGCCGCCAUGUGUGUGUAUUCUGGGCUCUUUAUGAGGUUCGCGUGGAUGGUACAGCCCCGGAACUACUUGCUCCUGGCAUGCCAUGCCUCCAACGAAACCGUUCAGCUCUAUCAUUUAUCUCGCUGUGCUAGGGCUCAGGGGUAUCUGGAUUCCAAGAAAGAGCCGGAGGCCCAACAGUAAAGGGUGUGGUGUUUCUGAAGUCGGAGGAGCCUUGACUCCGCAGCCAGCCUUUCAAUAAGUAAAAUUUGUUUCUGAAGCUUUGCAAUGCCCUUCAUGAGAAAAAACCUAUACAGUGGAAAUUUCUAUUUCUAUGAUACUCAUGCCUGCAAUGUGGCAUUACAGCUUUCUUGUUCCUGAAUCAUGGUACGUGACAUAUUUUUUCCUUGUCAAUGCACAUAGCCGGGGUUCAAGUUAUCGACCCCGGAGCCGCUGCUUGAUUUUA